GCGUCUAGGUAGCUGCGCGCCAAACGUCACGUCGUGCACGUCACGACUCACGACAUCACGAACACCACGAACGCCGUAACGAAAUACAAAGAACAUAACGAAGUGCACCCAACGGCGCAAUACUGCCGAAGAAAGACGGCUGUCUGACAUGCCAAGUGAGUCACGUCGAGAGCUCAGGGAUGGGAACAAACGAAUGAAUGAAUGAAUGCUUGACUGACGGUGACUCUGUGGAGUCUGCGGCGAUUACUGAUAUCGAUCGUUAGCUGGAGCCUACAGCUGCUGUAGGCCGCGGCUGAGCUCGGCGCGGAUACAUAGCACCGCAACAUCACCGACUAGAAGCACAACAACGGCAUCAUCAGCAGCAGCAGCGGAGAAAAGGUACCAACCGAAUUUCCCCCAGAUACCAACACGAACUCCCGCCUCAUCCCAGGAAUGUCUACCUCCACCUGCAUAAUCUGCUACGACCCCCUCCACACCCCCGCCGUCAUCUAUCCCUGUACACACUCCGUCUUCCACUACAGCUGCAUCCUGAGCUGGUUGUCCGCUCCCUCCGCCCCCUCCGCCUCCACGCUACCCCACCACAUCCCGAUCGACAAGACUUGUCCCCUCUGCCGCUGCGUGCCCCUCCUGGUCCUUGGCGGAGGUCGCCGCUUCGUCGUUCCGUCGGGGACGAGCUACGUAGAGCUGCUGGGCGAAGCCCGCGAGCAACUGCUGCGCAGAGGGAAACGGUUGUGGAACGGUGAGAAUGUUGCGGCCACGGCGUGGAUACUCGUCCAGCUGUCGGCACUGCAGGAGCGACAUCGGGUCCUCGAGGAGGAAAUCGCGUCAGAGGGGAAGCUGUGUGUGUCGGCACGGUUAGUGGAGGCACAGGAUGGGAUGUUGACUGCCGUUGCGGGACUGCAUGCUCGGAUCUGCGAUGGAAGGAUGAGGGAGGUGUUGAAGGCCGUCAGGAGGGCACGUUGUCGGACGGGGGUUCUGCAACACGUCUGGGAAGACGUCAGGUGGGACGACGACUGUCAACAACCUGUCGGAUGGAGACUGGAUGUCAUGAAGAAGCUGGUGCCUAGGGCUUGGUGAACUGAACUCACGCUAAUGACGGAAUGACCGAGAUGAUGCAUUGUAGGACCUGUAAAUGAUUUUCCUUUCUCCCCUCACUGGGUAUCUUCUCCCCCUGUACCCAUCUCUGUAUCAUGUUUGUACAUAUCUCAAUCUAGAGCGAGGUGACAACAUCACCUUCUACCUCCGGCCUGUCUCACUUCACCCCGCUAUUCACCGUCUCACCCGUACGGCCCGAGAGAAUAAGCUGAGACUAGACCAGACAAGCUGACUAGUGACGACCCAGGCACUCGCUCGUGCCCCUCCAUCCAUCCGUCCAUGCUUCCUCCCCCCCGCCCUCCAUCUCCUUCCAAAUGCAUAUAUGCCCUCCUCCCAUCCUCGAUCCAUAUA